AUGACUGUCUACUCAUCGCCUUACCCAUCCGUCGCAGUCCCCCGCACCUCCAUCUUCAAUUUCGUGUUUCCCAAAGAUGAUCAUCAUCUGGAGGACAUUGCUUUUGUCGAUGCCAUCUCGGGGAAAUCAUAUACUCGCGCCCAAACUCAGGCGCGUGCUCGCAUGGUCGCCUUUGGACUGCGUAAUGGCAUGGAACGCAAGGGACUCAUGAAUGUUUCUCGACGCAGAACAGCCCUAGUCUUCAGUCCUAAUUGCUUAGAACUUCCGCUGAUCAUCCUAGGGGCGCUUGCCGGCGGUAUCGUAGUAUCCAUGGCAAGUAGCAAUAAUACUGCCGGGGAACUUGCCUAUCAAAUUGGGGACUGCAGUCCAACCCACAUUCUUGUACACCCCACGUUACUGUCCACUACCCUCUCUGCCUUCGAAAUUUUAAAAGUUCCGAAGGAGAACGUUGCGCGUCGGGUGCUGCUGAUUGCCUCCGCAGAUGAAAUGACGCCCGAAAUCCGAUCCAAGGGAUUCCUAUGUAUCGACGAUGUCAUAUGGGACAAGAAACAAUUGUGGCCAGAAGGCUUUGAAGGAGAGAUGGCGGAUAUGACGGCUAUGAUAUUCUACUCGUCUGGGACAACUGGCCUGCCGAAGGGGACAGAGUUGUCACACUACAACAUCGUUUCUGCCAUAUAUUCCCUCCAGGUCCCAGAUCGAUACACCGGGGUUCCUGGAAAAGAUGCGGUCGCUGGCGUCCUGCCGUUCUAUCACAUCUACGGAUGUGUCAUGCUGGUAUUCGACCCAUUAACGUACAAAAUCCCGUCUAUCGUUAUCCCCAGGUUCAUUCCCGAAGUCUUCCUCUCUACCAUCCAAAAGUACCGUCCUUCAUUGGUCUUUAUUGCACCGCCUGUAGCAGUGUUCCUUGCGAACUCGCCAUUGGUGGAAAAGUAUGAUCUUUCAAGUGUCCAAAAAAUAACAUCGGCCGCUGCUCCGUUACCAGUAUCCGUGAACAAGCUCGCCGCCGAGCGACUGAAAAGAGCUGGCGUCAGCAACCCAAGGUUACUACAGGGGUACGGCAUGACUGAACUCAGUCCGGCCGUUACUGACACGCCACAUAACCGAACGGACAAGCCGUCAUCUGUUGGGAAGCUGUUGAGGAAUUUGGAGGCACGCUUGGUAGAUGAUGAAGGCAGGGAUGUUGCUCCGGGGCAGCUGGGCGAAUUGUGGGUUCGUGGACCGAACGUGAUGAGGGGGUACUUGAACAAGCCGCAUGCGACUCGUUCCGCUAUAACACCUGAUCGCUGGUAUAAAUCCGGUGAUAUCGCUAGGCGUGACGAGGAAGGCUUCUUCUACAUAUUGGAUCGGAAGAAGGAACUCAUCAAAUACAAGGGUUAUGCUGUGGCUCCUGCCGAGAUUGAGGACGUCAUUUGUGCGCAUCCCAGCAUCCGGGAUUGUGCCGUAGUUGGUCUUCCGGUCCCGGGAUCUGGAGAGGAGCUUCCGAGAGCGUAUGUUGUCCCUCGGGACGGCUCGGUGGUGGAUUUACCCGGUGCACCAUUGUCGACGGAGCUGAAUCAAUGGGUGAAGGAGCGGUUGGCUCCGUACAAGCAGCUCCGUGGUGGUACGGAUUGUCUUCAUACAGGAAAUCCCAAAUCUCCUGCUGGGAAAGUUCUUCGAAGAGUUCUGAAAGAGAGAGCCAUCAAAGAAACGGAACAGCCCGGCGCAAGACUUUGA